GGUAUUCUCAUCUAUGACCAAAAAUUUGGCGGAACUGUUAAAUUUUUUAAAAACAAAACCUCAAAAAACAGGGGAAAGUAUAUAGUUUUCAAUGAUUUUAAGGAUAACUCUUAUAGCAUCAAUCGUACGAAUUUAUUAUGAGGAGAAGUUUAGCUCCUAGUCAGAUAGCCAAGUACGGUGUACCACAAUCACCUAAGUUUUCUAGUCCCUCUAGAGAAUAUGUACCUCCUAAAAUACAAGGCAAACGAACUAGGGAAAAACCUGGGGAUCAACAGAAUAAAAUCAGGAAACCGUUAUCCCUAAUACAUAUUGGUAGAAUAACACUUGAUUUGGACCAUGAAGAUAUCAUCAAGAAGCUUUCAAAACCGUUUAAAUGUCCUUUGCCGAAUUACCAAGGUUGUAAUUCGAGAAAAAACUUAGGUAUAAGAAGGUUGAGGGUGAAAAGAGCUCUAUACGACCCAAAUGCACCUAAUGCAUUGGUGCUGUAUGCACCCCCUGAAUUAACCGAACAUGAGAAGCUCAAAAGUGAUGCGAUUGUUCUUGUACACGUUGUGGUGGAUCCUUUGCUGGGUAAUAUUCUGAGACCACAUCAGAGAGAGGGUGUGAAGUUCAUGUAUGAUUGCGUUACCGGGAUUCAAAUACCAGGGUCUUAUGGGUGUAUAAUGGCGGACGAGAUGGGAUUGGGUAAAACUCUUCAGUGUAUCACGUUAUUGUGGACCUUGCUACGUCAAGGACCAGAAUGCAAACCUACCAUCGAGAAAGCCAUUAUUGUUUGUCCAAGUUCGUUAGUGAAAAACUGGAGUAAUGAAAUUGAUAAGUGGCUGGGAGGUCGCCUUUUGUCGGUAAUAAUGGACGGAGGAGCUGAUGGCAAAUCUAAGCUCGCCCAAUUCAUGCACGCCACUGGUCGAACUGCCAUACCAGUCCUGAUAAUAAGCUAUGAGUCCUUUAGACUCCACGCCGAGGUCCUACACAGCCGAGAGAUAGGCCUGGUGCUCUGCGACGAGGGCCACAGGUUGAAGAACUGCGAGAAUCAGACAUAUAAAGCCCUGAUGGGUCUGAACGCCAAAAGGAGAGUGCUGUUGAGCGGUACCCCCAUUCAAAACGACCUUACCGAGUACUUCAGCCUGAUACAUUUCGUCAACGAGGGUUUGUUAGGCAGCGCGGUGGAGUUUAGGAAGAAAUUUGAGAACCACAUCUUGAAAGGUCAAGAUAGGAUGGCUACGGACGAGGAACGGAAGAAGGCUGUUGAGUGUCUCGAGGAAUUGUCAGCGUUGGUGAACAAGUGCCUCAUCAGGAGAACCUCGGCCUUGCUCACCAAAUAUCUACCUGUCAAGUUCGAGAUGAUAAUAAUUUGCCAGUUGACGGAGCUCCAGAGACAGAUCUACCUCAAUUACAUAAAUUCCGAAGCGAUUAGAAGGACUUUGAAAGAGGGAGAAACGUCUAAGCAGACCGUGAGUAGCUUGGCCGCUAUCACAACUCUGAAGAAGCUGUGCAAUCACCCCGACCUCAUAUUGGACAAGAUAGAGGAUGGUGCUGACGGUCUGGAGGGGGCCUCCCAGUUGAUGCCCUACGGGAAGGGCAACCACGAAGUCCGACCUGAGCUGUCCGGUAAAAUGAUGCUGUUGGAUUGCUUCUUAGCCAAUCUAAAAGCGAACUACAACGAUAAGAUAGUUCUGGUCUCGAAUUAUACGCAGACUCUGGAUUUGUUUGAGAGACUCUGCAAAAGACGGUGUUACAAAUACGUAAGACUGGAUGGUUCGAUGACGAUAAAGAAGAGGGCCAAGGUGGUUGAGAACUUCAACAAGCCGGAUUCCGAAGAGUUCAUCUUCAUGUUGAGCUCGAAGGCUGGGGGUUGCGGUCUGAACCUGAUCGGGGCCAACAGGCUGAUCAUGUUCGAUCCGGAUUGGAACCCUGCCAACGACGACCAAGCCAUGGCCAGGGUUUGGAGGGACGGCCAGCAGAAACCCUGUUUUAUCUACAGAUUCUUAGCUGCCGGUACGAUAGAAGAGAAGAUUUUCCAAAGACAAGCCCAUAAAAAGGCCUUAAGUUCGACCGUAGUCGAUAAUAAUGAGGAAGCUGAGAGGCAUUUCAGCGCUGCGGAACUAAGGGAUCUGUUCAAAUUGGAAGAUACGGAAUCUGACACCCACAGAAGGUUGAAUUGCAAGAGGUGUCUCAAUCGGAUCGAGAUCAAACCUCCCCCGGAAGAAGCCGAUUGUACUUCGGAUCUUUCGGUUUGGUACCAUUCGUGGGAGAAAAGGGGCCUGGCCGAUUUGGUGUUGAAACAAAUCUGGGACAUGUCCAAGUACAUCUCGUUCGUUUUCCACCAAAAAUCAGCAACGGUGACUGUGAAAGCCGUUAAAAACGAUGAGGAGGCCGAAAAAGAGAAUAAGAAGAAAUAUAUAAGCGACGAUGAAGAUUACUGUGAAGAUUCAGGGGACGAUAACUGCUCGAACUACUCCGAAGAGUAGUUCUCGUUUGUAUGAUGGAGGAGGAUAUGCCAUAAAUUGACAUGAUGACGAUGGCCACCCCGUAAUAAAAGUACGAUUCAGCCACCCACAACAGGACGCUGAAAACUUGGAAUAUGUAGAAGGGGGUCAAGGCUUCC